AUGGCGUGGACCCCGCCCUUCGGCGGCUGGAGCGAGCAGUUGCAGCUGUGGGACUUCCGAACGAGUCGGCUGCUGUCGUCCCCGCCCUGGCGCCCUCAGGCCGACAGCGGCGAGCUGGCGCAGCCGUGCAUGGUGUACGCCGCGCAGUUUUCGAAGGGUCCCGAGUCCGAGAGCGUCGCUGCGGGCGGCAGCGGCUCCUGCGAGGCCCAGCUCUUCGACCGCGACAACGGCAAGGUCUGCGGCUGCGUGACCGGCCUCACCGCCGCCUGCUACUCGGUGGACUUCUCGCACGGCGGCUCCAUCGCGCGCGGUCGGCUCGGCGGCCCUCGAGGGCGGGGGGCGUUCCAGGCACAGCCAGCCGACCGCGGCCCCGUGCUUGCCGUCGGCGGCGGGGGCGGCUGCGUGCGCGUGGUGGACAUCUACGCCGCUUGA